AUGGCGUGCCGCGCGGUGAACAUACCUUCCUCGGCGUUGCACCCUACCAGACGCGUUUCAACAGCUAACGGAUUCACGUACGGUCACGCGUACGGCUCGACCUACCGUACCAGGUUCCGUUCCCUUAGACCCGACCGGAAACCGCUCCAAGCCCGUCCAGCUGGACCCGUCCCGACUGAGCCAGUCCGACGUGGCAGUCUGCCCGCGCGGCAACCUGGCGCCGUGGAUGACGUGGCAGCCACGGAAACGGAACUAUCGCUGCCAUUGGCGCCUGAAGGAAUGAAUAAGGCAGAUGACGGGAGGAUGUCAGACGGGGAAGAAGCAGCAGCAUCAGUCACUCAUGAGGCGUCAAAUGAAGGGGUCUCAGAAGGUACUACGGCGGAGGUAGAAGGAACUUUGAAACUCGAGUGGGAUGAGAGAGAGGGGAAGAGGAGAGCGGAGGAGCAUGAGGAGUCGGGGAGUGAGAAAGAGCAAGGCAGAGAGGACGAGGAGACGGGGAAGGAGCAGCAGCGGCAGGUUGGAAGAGACGUUGUAGUUGGGGAAAAGGGAGCAGAGGGAAAGGAGGAGGAGAUUGCAGGGAGGGAGGAUGGCGAGGAGGAUGAGAAGGAGGCAGAGACCGAGGAAGCGGAGGGGGAUGCAGCAGUGCGGCAAGUGGGCGUGACGGAGAGCCUAGGCCUGGGCGAUCUUCCGGCAACGGACGCGGAUAUAAAGGCGUACGUGCGCAAGUGGGGCUAUGACGCCCUCGUGCUGCUGCAGGUGCGUCUCAUGCAUUGCAGGUGGUUCUUGAGAAUUCUCAGAAACUACCUGGGCGAUCUGCCGUCCACGGACGCAGAUAUAAAGACGUAUGUGCGCACGUGGGGCUACGACGCUGUCGUGCUGCUGCAGGCGGAUGGCGAGCCUUCCUCCCUGGACCGGCCAUCGUUUGUAGAAGCCGCGGCACGGGAGGGCGCUGUAGCACUGCACAUAUCACUCCCUGCUAUAGAGAACCCGCAGCAGCAGGGGCAAGGGCAAGGGGGACAGCCAGGGGGACAGCAGGGGGGGCAGCAGCAGGGCGGUCAGGGGCAGCAAGUGGGGUGGCGUGUGUACGAGGCAGUGAGAGCAGUGGGCACUCUAUCAGCCAUGGGGCGGCAGUCGCUGGCACAGGCGCGUGCAGCGGUGGAAACAGCAGUGCCUGAUGCCCCUGUGCCCUUGCAACCAUGGCAGCAGUGUGUGGACCUGCUUUCUGCUCUGGACACGCCGCGUGUGAGCGCCAUGGCUCAGGCAGUGUACGAGCGCCGCAGAGACACCGGCGCUGCUGGAGGGCCUGCAGACGACUGGGCGCAAGCCCAGCUGCAGUACGUGCAGCAGCUGGUAGCGGCGAGCGCAGAGGGCAGUGCAGACAUCCCCCUCGCUGUCUCCGAGGUUGUCUUCCACAAGGCUGCUGCAGCGGCCCGCGUUCAAAUCGACCACCACAAGACGUUGGCAGAAGCGGCUAUGGAUGCGGCAGGAGCAGCGCGCAGAGCAGCAACGGUCACAGAAGAGCGCUCUGAUGCUCUGGAAGCGCAGAUUGCGGAGCUGGAGUUUCUGGUAUCACAGCUGAGCAGCGAGAAGGACGCAGGGAGCGGGGAGGCGCAAGCAGCCAUGGCCCGCGUGAAAGAGCUCGAGGAGACGAUCCAGCAGGGGCGGGAGAGGGAGGCGCGGGCAGCAGAGGCGGCACAGGCCGCGAAAGAACGGCUCGCGUUUGUCACGAGACAGAGCGAGAUUCUCAAGUCUAAGGUGGAUGCAGAGAAGCAGGAGGUUGCGGCUGUGAGAGAGCGGGUUGGGCUGCUGACCGGGCAGCUGAAGGAUACGGAGCAGAGGGAGGAAGCUGCGAGGAAGGCGGCGGGUGAGAUGGCGGAGAAUAUGACGCGCCUAGUCAGCACGCUAAGGAAUGAGGUGGCGGAGCUGAAAGCUGAGGUGGCAGCGGCGGAGGCGAGGGAGAGGGAGCUGGAAGCGGCACUGGAGGAUGGUGGCAGGCAGCUGCGUGCUGCUCUUGAGGCCGAGGCUGUUGUGGGCGCUCUACGUGCCGAUGCAGAGCGAGCGGAGCAGGAGCUGGAGGGCAUGGCAGGCAGGGCAGGGGACCUGCUGACGCAGGUGGUGCAGGGGCGACAGGUGGCAGCACAGCUGGAGGCGCAGGUGGCGGAGGGGCAACAGCUGGCUGCCAGGCUGGCGGAUGAGGUGGACCGAGCGAAGAAGGCCGUGGGAGAGGGAGAGAAGGUAAUGUGGUCGACAUGGGGAAUCCCAGUCCCCCAUGCAACACUCUGUUUCUGGGGCGCCUCAUACAUGAGCUCACGUGCCUUUUCUCUCCCUCUCUUGCUCUCUCCUGCUCCCUCCUGCUCCCCCCGGCGCCCUCUUACCCCCACUUGUGCUCUCUUACGCCCUGUAUCCCUUCCGCAGAAGCAAGCAGAACUGGCACGGGACAUGGACACGCUACGAGCCACGCUCACGCGCAUCCAGGCAGACGACCAGCAGCUGGCACAGGAGGCGCAUGCAUGA